AUGGAACCUGUCAAGGAUCGUUCUGAAGCUGGUUCCGGUACCGCUGCCGCGCAGAACUCUGUGGCUAGGAACAGUGCAAAAGAAGAAAAUGGCGAUCGUCGGAACUUGGCGGGCAAAGAAAGGAGUCCGGUCUCCAAACCGGUCUCAAGAGCGCAACAGCAAGAGUCCAAACCGAAAAACCUCAACCGCAGUGUUUCUGUGAAAAGCAUGAAUCCACUGAGGAAAAUAUUCCACAGAUCUCAGUCGCACCACGAAAUGGUCGAUCGCUCUCGACACGCGGCAGGCUCUAGUUCGCCGCACGGUCCUCCACUCAAUUCGGACCAGAAGACCCGCAAUAGAAGCUCUAGUUUCUUGCAGCGCAUGCACCCACAUCAUAACCAGGCAAACCAACAGCAUCCGUAUCAUCAACAGCAUCAGACCUCGCCGAACCCAAAGAACUUGCACCAGAGUUCGUCCUCGGUAACAAUCCACAAUUCCAAGGGACACAACGUCAAUCCCUUCAUCACGUCGCGAAGCAAUGUGUUUGAUUCGCCCUUUAGCGCUCUCGGUAAAGGUUCCGACAUUGCUGCGCCAAGGCAACCUUACAUCAACGGCUCGAACCCGAUAUCGCGCAAAACAUCUUCCAAUGAGUCUAACAUGAUCUAUAAUCCAUAUGGUACUCUUUCAAAGAAUAAUACUUCGAGCUCUCAGCAUGAUUUGUCUUUCUACUUGCACGACGGGAAGGACGAACUCCCACUAUUGCCCAUACCCUUGAAAGACCCAAACGAGUACCUGCCGGAAGGUUACAAGCAGUACAGUGUGCAAUUGGCGGACAAUUUCGCGUACCCGGAGAAAAACUCAGCAGACGAUUUGAACCUAGGUUCAGGUGGCUCGAGCGAUGUCCGUACAGUUCGAUCAGCAUUUCACAAGAAGGAACUGUAUGCGUUGAAGAAGUUCAAAUUGCUAAGGAAUGAAAAGCCAGAUCAUUUUUACCAGCGCUGUUCCAAGGAAUUUAUUAUGGCCAAACGAUUGAGCAAGAAUCCUCACAUUGCCAAUACUUUCUAUUUGGUAAAGGUUUCUACAACAACGUUUAUGACAAGAGGUUGGGCUUUCGUAAUGGAGUAUUGUACGGGGGGUGAUUUGUACAGUUUAAUCACAAAGCCUAAUUGGAAGAAGAGACCUCUAAGUGAAAAAUUCGAAUACUGGAGACAAGUUGUUGAAGGUAUAAAGUUUAUUCAUAGCCAAGGAAUUGUACAUCGAGACAUCAAGCCCGAAAACGUUUUGAUAACUAACGAAGGAUUGGCCAAGUUGACGGAUUUUGGUAUUUCCGAAUGGGGACAUGAAAACCCAGAUGACUUGGAAAGUCCUGUAAAGUUAUUUGAUACUUAUGUUGGAUCGCCACCUUAUACAUCGCCCGAGGUCAUGUGCUUCAAUGACGAUAAUGCUACAAAGCAAGAUCUGAAGCCGUACGAUGCAUACAAGAUGGACUGCUGGGCAUUGGGUGUAUUGUUGUUCACUUUGGUGUACCAGUCUACGCCGUUCAUGGAGGCCUACAAGACGGAUUCUAGAUUUAGGUCCUACGUUUUGGCUUACGACAAUUUUGUAGAUCACAACAACCCACAAUUUAGGAAACCUGGUACUUACAAAUCCGGACCCGGCAGUGAGUUUCAAUUUGGACGCGAAUUCCAAAAUACUAAUGCGUCAAGAGUCGCUUGGAGACUAGCCGAUCCAGAUGCCAAGACAAGAUACACCAUUGAUGAUAUCGUGGCGGAUCCAUGGUGGGCCUCAAUAUCAGCAAACGCUCACGAGUCGUCUGUAGUAGUACCCAAGAUGCCCGAGUUGAGAAAUUCAAGCUACGAAAGUAAUAAUGAAAACUCCAUUUUGGCAACCCCACCUUCUGCCAGAACGUCAGAAGAAGACUUGACCCAUACCUCAAAUCCAUUCUUGGUUCAAAACAACAAGAACAAGUCCAAGUCGAUGCUGUCGAUUGCAGAAGUUCCACCUGCUGGGGGAGCGCAGGCAAUGGGAGGCGAAUCACUACCGACACUAAACGAAGAAAAGGUAAUUGAAGAAAACGGUAGUGGCGUGGAGUCAAGCGGGAAGACUGAGAGAGUAGGGGACGAGUCAGCAGGUGAAAAGAGCAUGGAGAAACUAUCGUUAGGCGAGCUGGAGAAAUAA